GAAGAUUUCAUUCAAUCGUUACGCAACUCUCGAAUAAAAUGUCUGUGCCUUGGGUUAUAGUGUGUGCCUAUAUUUUAGUGGUGAACUCGAUUCAAGCUGCGAGGAUCCUCAUCUACAUCCCUACGCCGUCCAUCAGCCAUCAAGUGGUGUACCGACCGCUGGUCCAGGAGCUGGCCAGCCGAGGUCACGAUGUCACAUUCAUCACCACUGAUCCCGUCUUCCCAAAAGGAAAAACACCAGCAAACCUGACAGAAAUAGAUAUACAUGACAUAUCAUACGGGAUAUGGCAAGAAGAAUUCAUGAAAGGAGAAAGAGGUGGUGCACGUGACUUAGUAGCGCAAGUAAAAGAAAUAAUGGGAACAAUGUACAAAGUUUUUGACAGACAACUAGAAGAUGAAAAGAUAAAGACUUUGAUCAAUGACAAGAGCAAACAGUUUGACUUGUUAAUGUUGGAAGCAGUUUCAACACCACUCCUCGUACUCUCACACAUUUAUAAGGCACCAGUGAUUCAAAUUAGUUCUUUUGGUGGUUUGUUCGGAACUUAUGAAUCGGUGGGUGCUCCGACGCAUCCACUCUUAUAUCCAACAAAUACGCGCCAAAAAUUAAGCGACCUGACGGUCUGGGACAAACUGACAGAAGCGUUCAUUCAUUACGCUUCGGAAAAAAUUUGGUACAGUUUUUAUGAUGUAAGCAACAGCAUAAUAAAAAAACACUUUGGACCCGAGGUGCCCAAUGUGGAGGAGUUAAUAAAUAAUAUUGACAUGAUAUUUCUAAAUAUACACCCCAUGUUUGAAGGUAUAAGACCUGUUCCACCUAAUGUUGUCUAUCUGCACGGAUUACAUCAAAAACCUACGAAGGAGCUCCCUCGGGACCUCAAGACCUACUUAGAUUCAUCCAAACAUGGAGUCAUUUACGUGAGCUUCGGCACCAACGUAGACCCUGCUCUUCUGCCGCCAGAAAAAAUACAAAUAUUGGUACGAGUGUUCUCUCAGUUGCCCUACGAUGUUUUGUGGAAAUGGAGCAAAGAUGAAUUGCCUGGUCGAUCUCCAAAUAUUAGGAUAGCUAAAUGGUUUCCACAGGCGGAUCUACUCAAACAUCCCAAUGUCAAGUUGUUUGUAACACAAGGAGGAUUACAGUCCACAGAUGAGGCCAUCACAGCAGGAGUUCCGUUAAUCGGCAUGCCGAUGAUAGGUGACCAAUAUUUCAACGUAGAAAGAUACGUUUAUCAUGGUUUUGGGAUCAGACUCGACAUGGAAGCGCUGACUGAAGAAAAACUUAAGCAUGCAAUUAACGCUACAAUAAAAGACGACAGUUAUCGUCGCAAUAUGGAGCAUUUCCGUACUCUAAUAAAUGAUGAGCCGCAGACACCGCUGGAGCGCGCUGUGUGGUGGACAGAAUACGUACUGCGCCACGGUAGCGCCAAGCACCUACGUUCACCCAGUGCCAAUAUAUCGUGGAGACAGUACUUAGAACUUGAUCUAGUCUUAAUAUUAUUAUCAGUAUUGUUAAUAGCAAUCGUACUUAGUGUUUUAAUACUUCGCUUAGUGUAUAGAGCUUUAAGAUUUUAUUUAAUUGGUAAUGCUAAAAUUAAACGGAAUUAAACAGAACUUUUUUAAAUUGGCCCUUUUUUCGACUUAUUGCAUUUUACUUGUAUUUUUCGCUUUU